UUGAUUUCAUAUUUUACACAUCACUAAUUGAUAAAUUGACAUGUGUCAUCCACAACAAACAGUAGCAGAAAAACAACAGCGUCAAUUUGUCGUAUUUUUUCAAUAUUACUUAAAAUUACUACAAAAAAGUGUUUAAUUAUUUAUUGAUGUUAAUCAUAAUCUUUAGUUGAGGGUCCAGCUAAUACAAAUGAAAUAUUAAUGCAACACUUGAGUGAAAUAUGUGAAAAGCCUGGGCGAAACCGGGAAUCAAGCGGCAUCUUUGGCGAGCGAAAAAUGCAAACUCACGAGCACUAAAUAAAUGCUGCAUUUAAUAUAAACAAGCUAUAUAUAAUAUACAAGUAAUACUCGGAAAAAAGGACUACCAGACAAAUAUCAAAUACCAAUACGACAAGUCUGUGUGCGUGUGUGUGCAACCAUGACAACAAGAGUUUGGUGUUAGCUUGCAGUAUUAUUUUUCACAAUACGCGAUUUAAAUAUGCUGAAAUGCAAGUUGAAUGAGUAAUGAGUGACACCGACACGGACGACACUGAUCUGCUGCUCUUAAUACCGCCGAAUUACUACUCGACGAAUACGGAUGCUAAAAAAAUGAACCACCACGAAGAUGCAAUGGCCAUGCCCCCGCCUCCGCUGCCAACGACAGCUGCGUACCGGUUUCUGCAGCCAAGUAAAAAGACGGAGCUUAAUCACAUCAACGCGCGCUUGCAGAAUAUAGAACUGGAGCGCUUUGAAGCACCUUCUGACCUAUCCACCAUCUCUUCGAGUACAGUGCGUUCAACACUGGGAAACAAGGACCAACGGGCGCUGUUGGGCUUGGUUCACUCGACACCUAAGAACUCAGCUGUACCACCACGUGACCAUCGACCGGAGGCGAAUAUAUUACAUGAGAUUGACAACUACUUGGACAAUAAUCAUGCGUGGUCGGGGCAACAGCAUCACAGUGAUGACCAUUUGCGUAUGCGUGGUUACUCAGUUAUGGCCCAAGAGUCGCAGCAGGGUGCUAGCUCAUUGCCAAGCAUACGACUGGGCUCAUCAGUUUCGGCUAUGCAGGAUAACAAGCUCAUCAGCCUCAGCGAACUCUGGGGUAAGAGUAAUAUGGCGGGAACGGUUAUAGCGGCGGCAUUGCCAGCCAACCAAACCGUACUAAAGGAGGAGCAACUGAGGCGUCAACAUUUGGAGAAAAUUAUACAAACACUGCAGGCUCAGCUCUUAGAAUAUCAACAGCGCAUAUCAGUAGCUCUAGAGGUGGAUCGGUCCAAGGAUGCUGCGCUGCAUCAGGCUGCGGAAAGCACAAAGGCACUGAACUUUGAGGUACAACAACUACGUGAUACAGUUCACCAACUGAAUACUGAACGCAGUGAAAGUCAGGACAAGCAAGAUGCACUUCAGUAUGAGCUAGCACAAGCCGUAAGCCUUACCACCAAGUUCCAGGAGAAGACUGAAAUAUUAGAGGCUGAGCUUAAGCAGCACAAACAGCAAGCAAGCGAAACGUUACAACAGCAAGAGCAGUUGCAACUGCAGUUGGCGGCUACCAAACGAAACGAGGAGCUAACUUAUGUGGAGCUGAACAAGCUGCGCGACAGGUUUGCCAAGAUGGAUUAUCAGCAGGAGAAGCUAAACACACGCAUCGAAGAGCUGGAAAAGGAUAAAUCGACGCUGCAGCAGCAGAAGGAAAUGCUACAGGAGUAUCAUCAAAAGCAAAAAGCACGUGCUGACAAUCUAGAAUCUCAACGCAGAUCACUUCAAGAAGCCCUGAGUAAUCUUACUGAUAUCGAGACAAAUCUAAAAAAGAAGCUUGAUGUACAACAAAAAUCUCUAAAGCAACAGUAUCAACAACAAAUGGAAAACGUGGUGGCCAAAAAACUGCAAGAGUUUCAAGGUCAACUGGAUAAGUUGGAGGAGCAACUAAAGGCUGAGGCACGAGAACGUGAGCGACUUAUUGCAGAACGUGCCGUCAAGCAGCUUGAAAUGAUUAACGAGAAGAACAACCAGGAGUUGAAUCUCAUACUGGAGAAGCACAACGAGGAAGUGGAGUUGUACCGCUUACAGUUGGCGAAUGCUUCAAAAAAAAUAGACGAGCUGGAACUCAAACUCGCCUGUUUAUUUAUUUGCAGCGCUGAUAUUGCCGAGCAGCUGCAUGGCGUAAUGGAGGCUCAGUGGCAACAGGCUCUGGCAAUACUCACCUCACCGAAUCAAGCGCAGCAGCAGGCCAGCAGCGACACGGACGGUGGAGCGUCACCGGAGCUUAACAAUGCCCGACACUAUCCGGAUACACCCAAGACGAGUAAAACCCAACGAAGCAACAGCACUGAAAAGAACAAUUUGGAUGUAGUUGACAAAAAAGACCCCCCCUCGCCCAUGGAUAAGCUAGCUGCCUAUAUUGAACUUCUACUCAGCAAAUCGCCUAGUGACUUCGACAAGCUCGACCAGAUUUUGGCAAUGAGCUCCAAACCAAACUCCAAGCCAAAUAAGCGCAGCUCUGCGAACAACAAACACCCACCAUGGAAAUCCUGAUGCCUACUCUAGCUGCAUUAAGCGUUAUAAAUAGUCUGAUUGAUAAUAUUAAAUUUGUAUAGAUUAUAUUUUUGUACUAUACUUUACGUACGAUAAAAAUACGUAUGACUAGCACUAGCACCGUCGAUCUAUGAAAGACAAGUACAAUGA